AUUUAUUAUGAGGUAAUUAAAUGAAGAAGAAACUAAAAUAUUUUAUGAAAAAUUGGGAGAAUACAUAGGAGCAAAUAUCAAACUAUUAAUUGAAAAUGAAGAUGAUCCUCAUGUUUUUAGAUUGAUCAAGAAUAAAGUUUAUUAUAUGUCAUUGUAAAUUGCUAAUUGGGCAACCAAUGUUGGAAAAGAUUAAUUAUUACAGUAUUAAAUUAAAAUUAUUUAAGUGUUGGCACAUAUUUUGGAAAAUUCACAAAAACUAAAAAAUUUAGAUUAAACAUCACUUGUUUAGAGAUUUUGGCAAAAUAUGCUAAACAUAAAGUUUGGUUAAAAUCUAAUGGAGAACAAUCUUAUCUAUACGGAAAUCAUGUGAUUAAGGGUAUAUUACAAUAUUAUUCUUUUUAGCACAUUUAGCAAAAAUGUCUGAAAAUAUACCAUAGUAUGCAAAUGUCAUUUUAUUUUCAUUAUAAGAGAAUCCAUUAGGUUUUGGUGUAGCAUCAAGAUCAACAUUAUAAUGUAAAGAUUUAGAUCCCACUACCGUUGUGGUUUUUAAUUAAGCAGAUUUAGGAGAAUAUUUAAGAUCAGAAGAUGAUAAAAAUGUUGAAAAAUGAUGUUUACUAUAAGUAUG